AUGAGCGGGCUCGGUGGCGGACUUCGUCCCAUUGACUGGUCGAGCCAAAAGGUUGAACGGUUUGAAAAAAACUUCUACGUAGAGGACAAACACAUAUCUGCCCUCUCCGAUCGAGAAGUAGAAGAUUUCAGGCGCUCCAAAGAAAUCAAGGUCCAAGGUCGUGGCGUCCCCCGCCCGGUCAGGUCAUUCGAAGAAGCGGGCUUCCCAGAAUAUGUCAUGGCAUCAAUCCGUGCUCAAGGUUUUGCCUCUCCGACUCCUAUUCAGUGUCAAGCUUGGCCGAUGGCUCUCAGCGGGAGGGACGUUGUCGCCAUUGCACAGACAGGCAGUGGAAAAACAAUAUCCUUUGCAUUGCCUGCCAUGCUUCAUAUCAAUGCGCAGCCUUUACUGGCCCCAGGAGAUGGUCCGAUAGCGCUGGUGCUGGCUCCAACGCGUGAACUAGCUGUUCAGAUUCAGCAGGAGUGCACCAAGUUUGGGGCGAGCUCUCGUAUCCGGAACACGGCUAUUUAUGGUGGUGCACCAAAAGGGCCUCAAAUUCGCGAUUUACAGCGUGGAGUGGAAAUUGUAAUCGCAACUCCUGGGCGGUUAAUUGAUAUGCUUGAAUCGCAAAAGACGAAUCUGCGCCGUGUGACUUAUCUUGUGUUGGAUGAGGCUGACCGCAUGCUCGACAUGGGUUUUGAACCUCAGAUACGCAAGAUUGUCUCUCAGAUUCGUCCAGAUCGUCAGACACUGAUGUUUAGUGCUACCUGGCCCAAGGAUGUGCAGAAGUUGGCUAGUGAUUUCCUGAGAGAUAUGAUCCAGGUCAACAUUGGCUCGAUGGAAUUGACUGCGAACCCCGAUAUUCAACAGAUCGUGGAAGUGUGCAGUGAUUUUGAAAAACGGGCUAAACUUAUCAAGCACCUGGACCAAAUCAGCUCUGAGAAUGCCAAAGUUCUGAUAUUUGUUGGCACGAAAAGAGUCGCAGACGAUAUUACCAAAUACCUUAGGGUAGAUGGGUGGCCGGCUCUUGCCAUCCAUGGUGACAAAGAACAGCGCGAACGCGAUUGGGUAUUAGGUGAAUUCAAGGCUGGUCGUUCUCCGAUUUUGAUUGCCACGGACGUUGCAUCCCGUGGUUUAGAUGUGAAGGAUGUUGGUUACGUCAUUAAUUAUGACUUCCCUAAUAAUUGCGAGGAUUACAUCCAUCGAAUUGGUCGCACAGGACGCGCCGGCAUGAAAGGCACGUCCUAUACCUACUUCACCACCGACAACGCCAAAUCAGCAAGAGAGCUCGUAAACAUAUUGCGCGAAGCGAAGGCCAAUGUUCCCCCUCAGCUUGAAGAAAUGGCAAUGUACAGCGGUGGAGGUGGUGGACACCGUUAUGGUGGAGGUAGAGGUCGGGGUGGUGGAGGUGGCGGUGGUCGUCACGGUGGCUAUGAUGCCUAUGGUGGUGGUGGUGGUGGCAGGGAGCGCUGGUAA